UGUGACCGCCUCAACAUCGAUGGCACGGUGAAGCCGGCGUCAGAAAAUACCCACUCGUGGGGUCAAGCCCAGAAGAUGCACGCUUCGGCCACCUAUUCAUGGGGGCACAUCUGCGGCCUGGGCACGCUUCCAUGGCACGAAAAUGACGCCGGUGAGAUGAUAGGCAAUCCAUCUAUCUCACCUAUAGUCUCGCGCUACAUGGUCAGCCUGCGCAAGCGCAAGACACGAGCGGGCGAGGUGGCCACCAGCGCGCGUGCUCUUACUGCGGUACGCUCUCAUUUCCGCAUAGCCCAAUUCUCCUUCGUGCUGACAGACCUCGGGCAGGACAAUUCGUGGGAGCUAUAUCACCUCAACAUGGACGAGGGAAAGUUCCCCCUGAAUGCGGCAUACACUGGUCCCACUCGGCGUGGUACGAACGACGAGAAGGAAAAUUGGGCUGGGGGCAAGCAGCGUCGCAUGCUGAAUUGCAUUUACAUCAUUGCAUUCCUCUGUCUUUUGCGCUCCGAUGAGGUCCUUAACUUACGUGUUGAAGACAUCGAGCGCGACAAGUUCGACGACGACAAAUGGACUUUGCACCUAAACUUUCGCAAGACUGCGCAGUACGGCAGUGAGUGA